AAUUUGUUAUCCCCUCCAAACGAUCCAGCAGUUGGUUGAAUAAGUGGCGGCAGCUCGGAGAGCAGCAUUUGCGCGUGGAACGUUAGUUUGUAAAUUCACGUCUUUAGAAGACUGAUUUAGUCGGGCAAGUCUGACGAGUGAGAAACGAAGGACAGACGAGCUUCAAAGCACGCAAUAGGAAACGAUUCGGUGACCGUAAUUUUCACCUGUCGAGUUUCACUUCUAACCUGAAUUCAUCGGUGUGCUUGCUUCUAGUAGUAGACUGCCCGCUGCCCUCGAAGCACACAUUUUCUUGGCCGAAAGGUACGAACCCAAAGAAAGGAGAAUUGCUCGUGGCCAAUAUAUUCGAAGGUACCCCGGCUAAUUUCUCUGUUACCAUCAUCAUUAUCAAUUGCCAGUGAGGGGCAUUACAUAAACGCAACAAAAAGUUCGGACGUCAUUUCUCAAUCAACCGGUGCUACGUGUAUACAUCGAAAACACGUUCGCAGUGUGUUGUCAUGAAUAGAGGUUUUUAGUAAUCGCAAGAGGAAAACGUUUUUCGAAAUAUUCUGUAUCGGUUGCGAAUAGAAAAUCAAGGAAAAGCAAACAUCAUGUGGCCGAGAAACGUUGGGAUCAAGGCGAUGGAAAUAUACUUUCCUGCCCAGUAUGUUGACCAAACAGAGUUGGAAGCAUUUGACGGAGUGGCUGCUGGAAAGUACACCAUUGGAUUAGGCCAGUCUAGGAUGGGUUUUUGCAAUGACCGUGAAGAUGUUAAUUCGCUGUGUUUGACAGUGCUGCACCGACUAAUGGAUAGGUAUGACAUAAAACCAAAGGAUGUCGGCAGAUUAGAAGUUGGAACAGAAACGAUAUUAGACAAGAGCAAGUCAAUAAAAUCUAUCCUUAUGCAGUUGUUCCAACCAUUUGGUAAUGGAGACAUAGAAGGAGUGGAUUCUACCAAUGCUUGUUACGGAGGUACUGCUGCCCUGUUGAAUACUGUGUCUUGGGUAGAAAGCAGUGCAUGGGAUGGCAGAUUAGCUCUAGUUGUCGCGGCUGACAAUGCUGUGUAUGCUCCUGGAGCAGCUAGACCUACUGGAGGUGCUGGAGCUGUUGCUAUGGUGGUUGGUCCAGAUGCACCUUUAGUAAUUGAUCGUGGAAUACGAUCAUCAUACAUGGAACACGCAUACGAUUUUUAUAAGCCAGAUUUAAAAUCUGAAUAUCCUAUCGUGGAUGGACAAUUAUCAAUUAAAUGUUACCUUAGUGCUGUGGAUAAUUGUUAUCAGACUUAUCGUGAAAAGGUCAAGAAUAAGCAUAAAGAAAAUAUAAGUUUAGAUAGCUUUGAUGCAUUCUUGUUUCAUUCUCCAUAUGGUAAAUUAGUACAAAAGUCAUUUGCUAGAAUAGCUUUUAAUGAUUUCCUAAAUAUGCCUAAAGAUAAAGUAGCUGAGCAACAUCCAGAUUUAGUAAAGUUUCACAGCAAAAAGCUUGAAGAUACUUAUUUUGACAGAGAUGUUGAAAAAGCAUUUGUAACGUUAAGUAAGUCAGCAUUUAAUCAAAAAACCCAACCUACAUUGCUUAUAUCGAAUCAAGUAGGAAACAUGUACACUCCUUCUGUAUACACUGGAUUGGCGUCUUUACUUAUUACUAGGCCGAUAAAUGAAUUAGCAGGUUGUAAAGUAGGAUUGUUUUCCUAUGGGUCAGGUCUUUGUUCUACUAUGUAUUCAAUAACAAUAGCAAAAGAUUCUGCUGGAAAGUCUAAAUUGUUGGAAAUGAUCACAGCCUUAUCAUAUAUAAAAAAUCAGCUGAAUGCUCGUCAGAAAGUUUCUCCUGCAGAUUAUACAAAAAUUUUGGAAUGGAGAGAAAAGAAUUGUCAUACUGUACCAUUCAGUCCUAUUAGUAGUAUCGAUAAUAUGUUCCCAGGAACAUAUUAUCUUGUUGAAGUGGAUGAAAAAUAUAGAAGGACUUACAAGAGGGUAUGAAACUUUCGAUAGUCCUGAAUAUUUAGCUAACUGUUAGAUAAUUUAAUUAACGUGGUAACAAAGGAAUAAUUGGGGGCCUCAAACAUUAUUGAUCACAAAUUUUAAAUGGUGCAUAACUUUGUUUAUUUAUGAAAUCUGAAACUGGUUACUGUUAAAUCAAUAUUUCCUUAGCAUCAAGAUGGUACUACAAACCUGUACUAAUACGCAUUAAGUUAAUAUAUAUAUAUAAUAUAUAUAUUAUAUAUAUACGUUUAAUUUUUUAAUUAUUUUAUAGAUAAAAAGUUACUAAAUCAAAUUAUUUUUAAUAUACAUGUAAAGAAGAUACAAUUAUACAAAGAAAUGUAAAAA